ACAGAGCGUGGCGAUCUUGACGACACGUGUUGUCGCGGCGUUGCACGUUUCGCUGCGAGAGAAGAAUCAUCACCCGCAGCUCGUUCAUAGCUCUUACAAAUAUCGCAGCAACGACUCCGCACAAAACAUGAAGCUGUUGACGCACAACAUGCUCACCUCGCACGUCAAGGGCGUCACCAAGGGAUUUCCUCUCAAGAUUACGGCCACGGAAGUGAAGGUCAUGAAUGUCGACUUCAACCCGGAGUUUGUGGCGCGCAUGAUCCCCAAGUUGGAGUGGCCGGCGCUCUGCAAAGCUGCUGACAGUAUCGGCCACCUGAAUAACCUGCCCCUGGAGCUGGAUCCCAACUACCAGGGCAAUGAGGACUUCCUGAAGAAAGUUCAUCACGUGCUGAUGGAGGUGGAGGUGGUGGAGGGCAGCCUGCAGUGCCCGGAGUCGGGGCGCCAGUUUCCGAUCACCAAGGGCAUCCCCAACAUGCUGCUCAACGAGGAAGAAGUUUGAUCUCCGCUUUCGUCAAAACCUGCACAUCCCUCCCCCGCCCCCAAGUACCCACAGCUCCCUUACGUUUGCCUCUAAUGCGUCAUCACAUUGUGAAAACAGGGCCCCUUGUAUACAUGCCGGGUGUUGUUAACUCAUCGACCACGUGUAUAGUUUUUUGUAAUAAAAUGCUGAGGAAUAAAAGUCACUGCCACUUGAUUAAGAUCUACACUUGUUACGUUCCCGUGACCAUUUAGUUCCGAGUAAGGCAGCCUUUCCAGGACAAGCCAGCUUCAACUGGGUUGUGUCGUCCACUUGUAGUGGUCCGUGGGGCUCGCUUUGCGAAGGGAGAGAUGCAUGUUUCACUUGGGCCUCCCUCGGAAACGGUCGUGAUGACGCAGGGUCAGGGCGGAAGAGAGAUGUGUGGCCAACAGCAGGCUCUUGCUUUGGUCACUUUGAGGGCCUUGCAUUUGUUUAAAAAUACAAUAACAGGAAAGCAUAACCAACCCAACCAUACGUUAAGCGGCGUUCAAGAAAACUACAAUCACUUGUGUAUGUAUGUUGAACUUGUUUCGCACCGUACGUAGCCAGCCGUACUAAUCGGAGGUGCGGUUAAUCGGAGAUGCCGUGGAGGGAGCGGGAGGGGUCUGGGGAUUAUGGAGCAGGGUGUGUUGAGCCCACAGAGUCACGCAACUCUUAAAGCGUUAGGACGAGACACGAGAAGUGUGCUGGGCCUUACCAAGAGGCCCAGCAGCACGACUUGUGGUUGUGGGUACGUCCAAUUUGAGUUACCUUGCCAAGUCUAAAGUGUUAUGGGUACCCACUGGAAAAACAAAGUGGCAUUCUCCAUGUUCUAUUUACAGGCAGACUACAAAUGCUGGUAAAUAUUGUGAAUGAAAAGUAGCUUGCUACUUACACAUGAGACCCAACACUUGAAUUGCAGGACUUUUAUAAGCAGCUGUAAACAUGGCUCUCAUGCUGCAUGCAUGGCAGAGGCCGAGGUGGCCAAUGACAGUAACCAACGUCCUAAAGUGUGUGACCAAUUUCGUUUUUGUUAUUCACUUGGUAAAGUUGUGCUACAUUCACUCUACGCUAAAGUGAGAGUAUUGUGAAACCGGCUGGAUUUUCCAAGUGCUUCUAUUGUGCUUGCACGGUUGGUUAAUGUACUCUUGUGUCAUGAAAACUUUUACAAACAUUGUUUUGGACUCCAACAGAUCGAUCCUCUGUAAUUAUAAUUUAACGUUUAUGUACUGUUAAAGAUUUGUAAUAAAAUAACCAUGUAUGGUAUUGGA